UACAAAAAGUACCAAAGCUUUUAACAAGGAAAAUAGGGGCGGAAAAAAAAAACAGUGAAGACUGCAUUUGGGAUCACAGAACAAAGCAGAGAAAAGAAGGAAGUAGUAGAAGAAGAAGGGAGCCGUUGAAAUAGGGAGACAAAAGCUCGCAGGAUCCGGCGGCCGCUCUGCAAUAUGACAGAUUCAAGUUUGGAACUGCAGGAAUCAGGUUGGGAAGAGCUCAGGCGAGAGGCUCGUAAGAUCGAGGGAGAUCUCGAUGUCAAGCUCUCUUCUUAUGCUAAGCUAGGCGCCCGCUUCACCCAAGCAGGUAGUGUAGAGUCUGGUUCACCAACUGUUGGGUCAGGUAGAUCAUGGAAGUCUACGGAGAUGGAAAUCCAAUCGCUCCUUGAGAAGCUAUUAGAUAUUAAUGAUUCCAUGAGUAGAUGCGCAGCAUCUGCAGCUUCAACUACUUCAGUGACCCAAAAGCUUGCAAGACAUCGAGACAUACUCCAUGAGUGUACUCAGGAAUUCAGACGAAUCAAGGGAAACAUUAACUCAAUGAAGGAACAUGCUGAAUUACUUAGUUCAGUCAGAGAGGAUAUAAGCGAGUACAAGGCUUCUGGAAGCAUGUCGCCAAGAAUGCAACUAUUACGUGAAAGAGCUGCCAUACAUGGAAACAUUUCCCAUGUAAUGUGUUCUAUGCUCUCCUGUAUGCAGAUAGAUGAUGUUAUUAGUCAAGCUCAGGCAACCAGAGCAGUCUUGGGGACUCAAAGGUCUAUGUUUGGAGAUGUUCAAGGGAAAGUGAAACUGCUAAGCGACAAAUUCCCAAUCAUACGUGGUUUACUUGGUUCUAUCAGGAGGCGCCGUUCGAGAGACACUCUUAUUCUCUCAGCUGUAAUUGCCGCUUGUACAUUGUUUCUCAUCAUCUAUUGGCUCUCGAAAUGAAGAUUGCAAAAUUCCCAAAUGGUGGUUCGCUUGAAAGGAAUUUUGCUUUAAUUGGUAAUUAGGAGCCGUAAGUUCUUAUGUAUUGAACCCUUCUGUGUACCUUAGAUGACAUUUCAGUUGCAAAUAUAUGUCAAAUUCUUUUCGCUUUCAUGCUGCUACAGUUUCAAACUACUUGCGGGUAAGGAAGAACACGAAUAGAACGACUGGGGAAUUUGCAGGUUGAAAGAAUCCUACUCGGCAAGCAAAUAGACAAACAUGGAUUACACAAUCAAUUCUGAAUAAUUGCAAGCCUAAUGAGAGCCCUCUUGUUGCACUAAGAAUACACAGAUGUUUCAUU